GUUAGUCCCAAAAUUGUAUACCCCGAAAGCUAUGGCCGACUCAGCGGCCAAAAAUGGGAAUAUUUCGCUCCUUGAAUCGGAGCUUUAUUAUCUUAUCUCACGAUUUCUGACAACGGGUCCUUGUCGGAGAGCAGCUGAGGUUCUAGCGACUGAACUUGAGGAAAAUCAGCUCCUUCCCCGUAGGUUGGACUGGGAAGGAAAAGAACACCCAAGAUCAUACGAAGAUGUGGUGGCAGCGAACCGGCACAUCGCCCCGGAUCAUCUGCUGCAGAUAUGCAAGCGUAUCGGGCCCAUCCUGGACAAAGACCUCCCGUCCGGUGUGGCAGGAGUCAGCUCUCUCUUGGGGGUCGGAGGACAUUCCUUACUCCGCACAUCAAAAGACUGCAGCGUGGUGAAGUGGAAAGGCUCGUCCUUCGCAGCGCUCCACCGGGGGAGGCCACCGGAGAGGCCGUCGAGUUGCCGAGACGCCCCCAACUUGGUGGAGGUAUGCCGUGGCCGGGAGCUGACGGGAGUGCAGCGGUUCGGCUGGGUGAACCCGGUCAGCAACUACCAGCACAUGCGACUGCACCGGCGCAUCCUGGGACACCUGUCGGCCGUCUACUGCAUCGCCUUCGACCGCUCCGGACUGCGCAUCUUCACCGGCUCGGACGACUGUCUGGUGAAGAUCUGGUCGUCGUUCGACGGGCGUCUGCACGCCACGCUGCGUGGGCACUCUGCCGAGAUCUCCGACCUGGCGGUGAACUUCGAGAACACGCUGAUUGCUGCCGGCAGCUGCGACAAGACCAUUCGCGUCUGGUGCCUUCGGACCUGUGCCCCCGUCGCAGUGCUGCAGGGACACACGGGCUCCAUUACCUCGCUACAGUUUUCUCCUUUUGCCAAGGGCUCAAAGCGAUAUAUGGUUUCCACGGGAACCGAUGCAACAGUCUGCUUCUGGCAAUGGGAUGCAAAUGUCAACAAAUUUACUGAUCGGCUAUUCAAGUUUACAGAGCGGCCGCGGCCGGGUGUUCAGGUGGUCUGCUCGUCCUUUAGCCCAGGUGGCAUGUUCUUGGCAACGGGCAGCACAGACCACGUCAUCAGAAUAUACUAUCUGGGAAGUGGCUCUCCUGAGAAGAUAUCAGAAUUAUCUGAUCACUCGGACAAAGUGGACAGCAUCCAGUUCUGUCACACGGGGGAGAGGUUCGUGAGCGGCAGCGGAGAUGGCACGGCGCGCAUCUGGCGUCUGCACCGGCGCUGGCAGCAGUGGCGCAACAUCCAGCUGGACAUGAACGCCAGGCUCCCGACUGAGACGGCCGCAGUCGUGGACCCCUUCUUUAAGGCCAAGGUGACCAUGGUGUCCUGGGAUCGCCAUGACGACAUGGUCAUCACUGCGGUCAGCAACUACUUGAUCAAAGUCUGGAACUCCUACACAGGGGACCUGCUACACGUUCUCAAGGGUCACGAGGCGGAGGUGUUUGUGCUGGAGCCACACCCCUUCGACCCGCGCAUCAUGCUGUCGGCCGGCCACGACGGCAACGUCUACAUCUGGGACCUGCACAAGGGCACCAAGACACAGCACUACUUCAACAUGAUUGAGGGCCAGGGCCAUGGGGCGGUGUUUGACUGCAAGUUCACCCCUGAUGGGCAGCGCUUUGCCGGCACAGACUCCCACGGCCACCUCCUCAUCUUCGGCUUUGGCAGCUCCAAACCCUACGAGAAGCUUCCAGAGCAGGUGUUCUUCCACACGGACUACCGUCCGCUGAUCCGCGACUCCAACGGCUUCGUGCUGGACGAGCAGACGCAGCAGGCGCCGCACCUCAUGCCUCCGCCCUUCCUGGUGGACGUGGACGGCAACCCCCACCCCCCCAGGUUCCAGCGCCUCGUGCCGGGACGGGAGAACAUCUCCGACGAGCACCUCGUGCCACAGCUGGGCUACGUGGCUACAAGUGACGGGGAGGUGGUAGAGCAGGUGAUCAGUCAGCAGCCCGGUGAGAGCGUUGAGGUUCCGUCGCGCCGAAGCGCUCUGGACGAGGCCAUCCGUGUCCUGCAGCAGAACCAGGAUCGCCUCAACCAGGCCGCUCCGCCCGAGGCAGGAGGCCCAGCACCGGCCCCCGCACUCGCACUCGCACCCGCCCCCUUACCGGCACCCGGAACACCACGCAGAGUGUCUCUAAAUGAGCGCAUGGAGCUGCAGUCGUCCCCUAACGUGGGUCUGCGUCGGAGCGGUCAGGUGGAGGGCGUGCGGCAGAUGCACCAGAACGCCCCGCGCAGCCAGAUGGCCACCGAGCGCGACCUGCAGGCCUGUCGACGCCGAGUGGUGGUGCCCGAGCUCACCUCCAGCACCUACACUGACCAGGAGCAGUUCAGGGUUGCCAAGGGAGAGGAGGAGAUCGGCCUCUACAACGCCAAGAAGAGGAGGAUCAGCUACACCACCUUCAGGGACGACUCUGAUGACGAGGAGGUGGUGGAUGUGCCUGUGAAGCGCCCCUCGUCCCGAAAGCGGCGGCGAAGGGAGAGUGGAGCAGGAGUGGAGGAGUACCUGGAGCUCUCCUGUGAGGAGGGAGAGGAGACCGCCAGCUCUGAGGACCAGGAGAUGGAGGGCAGUGAGGGCAGCGAUUCGUCCAAUGAGGAAGAAGAGUGGAGGAGUGACAGCUCAAGCAACUCCUCAGGCGAGUGUUCUGAUUGGACGGCGGACGCGGGCAUCAGCAUGCAGCCCAGCAGCCCGGCGUCGGCACGGAGACGGGCGCGGCGUCAGCUGAGCAGCCUGGACGAGGAAGAGGAAGACGAUGACGAGGACGAUAAUAGUGACAACGAUGAGGAGGAGGAGGAGGAUGCUGAAGAUGAUGAGGAACAGACCACACGAGAUGAAGACGCCCUAACGUCCCAGUCACACAAGCAGAAGAAGGCCAAGAACAAGACACCAAAGCGCCCCAAGCCUCCUCCGCUGAUGCUCAGGGAGGUGUCCAGCGACUUCCAUCCCUCCACCUGGAUCACUGACAUCGUUCCCAAGAAGUCUCCUUUCGUCCCACAGUUAGGAGAUGACGUAAUAUAUUUCCGUCAGGGCCACGAGGCGUACGUGGAGGCGGUGAACAGGAGCAGCAUCUACCCCAUCAGCAUGGAGAAGCAGCCCUGGAGGAAGAUGGAGCUCAGGGACCAAGAGUUUGUGAAGAUCACAGCCAUCCGGUACGAGGUGUGCCCCCCCACGCUGUGCUGCCUGAAACUCACCCUCAUCGACCACGCCACUGGCAGGCCCUCCGACAAGUCCUUCUCCAUCAAGUACCAUGACAUGGCAGAUGUGAUCGACUUCCUGGUGUUGAGGCAGUGCUAUGACGAGGCCCGCAACAGAAUAUGGCGGCCAAAUGAUCGUUUCCGGUCAGUUAUCGACGACUGUUGGUGGUUCGGGAGCAUCGUGUGUCAGGAGCCUUAUCAGCAGGAGUACCCCGACAGUCACUUCCAGUGUUUCAAAGUCAAGUGGGAUAACGGGGAGACGGAGAAGCUGAGUCCGUGGGACAUGGAGACCAUUCCAAACAACGGCACCGUCCAGCAGCCGGAGUCGGUGGGUGCGGGCGUGCCGGUGACGAGAGAGGAGAUGACUGAGGUGCUGUAUAAGUCGCGGCCGGGCGAGUGGGGCGAGCGAUCACGCGACGAGGAGUGUGACCGCAUCAUGGCCGCCAUCGACCAGCUCAUCACCAUCGAAAUCGCCAGCCCCUUCUCUGGUCCGGUGGACAUCGCUCAGUACCCCACAUACAGUACCAUCAUCGCCUACCCCACUGACCUCCACACCAUCCGCAUGAGGCUCCAACAUCGCUUCUAUAGGCGGUUGUCUGCGUUGGCCUGGGACGCCCGGCACAUCUUCCUCAACGCCCGCACCUUCAACGAGCCGCGCAGCAAGAUCGCCCAGUCAGCCAAGCUCAUCACAGAGACUAUCCUCAAGUUCAUCAGUAAACCAGAGUGCACAGAUGUCAUGGAGAUUUACAAUGCCAUCGAGAACCUGGAGUACUCAGACGAGGACCUAGAUGCAGAAAUGCCAGGAACGUCCUCAGGACAUGCUCUGCGUCAGCCUGCAGCAGAGCCGGUGCUUGACCCUGAGGCCUGGAAGGCGAGCUGCAAGAGUCUGGUGGAGUACAUCUUCGAGUGCGAGGACUCGGAGCCAUUCCGACAGCCUGUGGACACAGAGGAGUUCCCAAACACGACUGGCAAAGGCGGACAUGCACAGCAGUGUGGAGAGGAUUAUGCAGAUAUCAUACAUUUGCCAAUGGACUUUCAGACUGUGCGUGCCGCAGUCCAACAGGACCGAUAUGAGGACCCCAUAGAGCUGUGUAAAGACGUGCGGCUGAUCUUCUCCAAUGCGAAAGCCUACACGCCAAAUAAACGCUCCAAGAUUUACAGCAUGACGCUGCGGCUGUCUGCGUUCUUCGAGGAGCGCAUCAGAACCAUCAUAUCGGACUACAAAACGGUGCUGAAGAGUAGUGAGAAGCUCCGCCGCAGUCAGCGCUUCCAACGGAGGAGGCAGUCAUAUCAGGAACCACAAGCGCCAGGACACGCAUCCACCAGGAAUCAGAAAAGGGCUGCGUUCAAAGCUCAGGAACAUGUGGAGACGUCUUCAACCAAAUCUACCUCAGCCAAAGUGGAGAGGAGCAGCACCAGGACGCGCAGGGCACGUGGAGGACACUCCUCUUCUUCUGAUGAUGAGGAUGAUGACUCCUCGCACUCCAAAGCAGGCUCCUCGCAAGAAUCCGAGAGCGAGAUGAGUGGGAGCAACUCUGAGGACCAGUCACGGAGCUCAUCCAGACGGCACCUCAGGAGGGACACACGACACUCCCGGUGGGCCACACGGAGCCAGGCAGGAAGCAGCAGCAGGAGGAGAGUGGCAGAGAGCGAGAGUGAGAACGAGGGGUCUUCUAUGGGAAGCUUCUCCAGCAGAACUACCAGGUUCAGUAGGAAGUAUGCAGAAGCCACGGAGAGGAGGAGAACAGGCAACCACGCCCAAAUGAACGCAGACAGCCGAGCCUCUCGCCUGCAGAGGCGCCGCCGCCUCAACCACAUCGCUUCCCAGACAUCUCAGGAGUCCGACAUCUUCACCAAAGACGAAGACGAGGAGGACGAGGACGAGGAGGAAGACGAGAAGGAGGAAGACCUCGACGACGAGGACGACGAUGAUGAGUCUGUUACACACAGACGCAAGACGAGGAUAACGGCACGAACAGCUGCCAGCAGGAGGAAGAUGAUUGACGCCUCAGAGGAGGAAGAAGAGGAGGAGGAGGAAGAGGAGGAAGAAGAAGAAGAAGAGGCGGAGGAGGAGGAUAGGAAGGGGUCGAGCAGGAAGAAGGCAUCUCGUUCCAGCAAGCGCAGGGCAGUGGUGCACAGCAGCUCCGAAUCGGAUGGCCAGGAGCACUCACAGAGUGGAAGCGGGAAAUACUCGGUGAGCGAAGCAGAGGACGGCAAGGCAGGGACUUCCAGCUCGUCUCAUCCAAAUGGAAAUGGAGAGGGAAAAGGAGGGAGCCACGCAACAACAAGAGAAGACGUAUCCAAGAGUGCACAAGACUGCCAGUCACAUUUAAAUGGCCACAGCAGCAGCAGCAAGGACGUUGUGAAGACCGAGACUGAGACGGAGCAUCGGUCCUCAGGCACCAGUGGGGAUGAGGAUGAGGGCGGUCUCGUUGUGCGACGCAAGUGUGCCAGGAUGACGGCUGUCGCGGCCGCUGGCAAAAUAAAAACUCUGAACACUAGCGAUGUGGAGGAGGAGGAGGAGGAGGAGCAGGAAGAGAAGCCUUCCACUCCUCAAAACAGACAAGAUCAUAACCGUCACCAAGGUGACAUGCAAGGGGUCCGCAAAACUUCAGAGGAGGAGGAAGUGGAGGAGGAGGACAAAGAUGUGAAAUUCCAAAAGCACCCUCAUCAGAACGGACAUAAGAUGAUGAGGGAGGAGGAGGAGGAGGGGGAGGGGGAGGGGGAGGCUGUAGCCUCGUCAAAAAGCCAAGAACAAACAACAACAACGCCUGCCUCAAACGCACACGCCACCAAGAAACCUUCCGAUGCCGCUGCCACUGAAGACCUGGGUGAGCCUCCCAGGAAAAGCAGCUCGCACAAAAAGAAAUUUGUAUCUGAUGAUGAUGACGAUGAAGAGGAUGACCGAGCACAGUUAGAGGGAGAUGAAGAGAAGAACCAACGAAGCACUGAAGAAGGUGGUACUAGUGAAAACCAGUCGUCGCAAAGCAGAAAGGGAUCAAGUGGAAACAAUGCUGGCCAGGAAAAGCAUGAUUCCAGGAGGACCCGCUCUGAAGAGGAGGAUGCCGAUGAAGAGUACAAACCUCGGAAAAGCCACAGUAAGAAGUCAAGUCGUGCCUCCUCCGACACGGAGGAGAAACGCUCGAAACCCAGUCGAAAACCACAGAAGAAGUACAUCACUGACGACUCGGACGAAGAAUUCGUCUCUGAGGGAGAACGGGGCCGGUCGAGGAAUGGCAAGGGCUCGGCCGACGAUCUAAAGCAUCACGCCACACUGAAAGCCGAGAGGCAGGAUGCCCGAGACAAACACGGACGGCAACACGCCACCUCUUUGAAGCAGGAAGAUGCAUCUGGCUCAGGCACACACAACACCAAGAAACCUUCCGACACUGCUGCUGCUGUUGCUCCUCAAGAAUCGGAGGACCUAAGUGAUCAACCUCGCAAGGCUGUCCUGCCAAAAAAGAAAAACGCCUCUGAUGAGGAUGAGGAGGAGGAGGAAGAUGUGGAAAAGAAGGAACAUUCCUUGGAGGGAAAAGGCCAUCCAGGCAAAAGCACCGAAGAAGAGCGUAACAGUAAGGAGAGAUCAUCACACAGACAGAAAGAUGGAUCGAGACAUCACAAGUCGUCAAGCAGACAUCGAUUGAAUGAUGAGGAAGAGGAAUCGGCCUCGAGGCAUCACAAAUCGGACUCAAGACAUCACAAGUCGUCAAGCAGACAUCGAUCAAAAUCGAGGAAACGAUCAGAUGAUGAUGAUGAUUAUGAUGAGGAGGAGGAGGAAUUGACCUCGAGACAUCACAAGUCAUCAAGCAGACACCGAUCUAAGUCGAGCAAACGAUCGAAUGAUGAUGAGGAGGAGGUGGAAUCUGCCUCAAGAUAUCACAAGUCGUCAAGCAGCCAUCGAUCGAAAUUGAGCAAACGAUCAGAUGAUGAUGAGGAGGAGGAAUCCGCCUCGAGACAUCACAAGUCCUCAAGCAGACACCAAUCGAAAUCGAGCAAACGAUCGAAGGAGGAUGAGGCUGAUGAUGAUGAUGAGGAGGAGCAGAAAUCGGCCUCGAGACAUCACAAAUCGUCAAGCAGACAUCGAUCCAAAUCGAGCAAACGAUCGUAUGAUGAUGAUGAGGAAGAGGAGGAAUCGGCAUCGAGACAUCACAAGUCGUCAAGCAGACAUCGAUCCAAAGCGAGCAAACAAUCGAAGGCUGAUGAUGAUGAUGAUGAUGAUGAUGAUUUUGAUGAUGAUGAUGAGGAGGAGGAAUCAGCCUCGGAGAGCGAGUCGAGGAAAAGCCACCGGAAGAAGAACAAGAAAAAGAAGCAAGGUGCCUCUUCAGACGACUGGUCCCCGGACAAGAGCGAAGAGUCUGACAGGGAGAAGGAGAAGCGGAGGAGAAAGUCAGGACUGAGAGCUCUUCCAAAGAAAAAGUAUGUGACCGAGGACUCUGAGGAAGAGGAGCAGGCCAGCAGCCCCUCGAAGAACGGGAGGAGGGAACACUCGACACGCCACCAAAAGCAUCGAGCCAAACGGAGGCGAGACGACACCAACGACUCCGGAGGCGACGAUGAUGACGACCACCACCGAAGACACGGCAAGAAGAGACGGAAACCUCAGGACCAGUUCAGCAGCGAGAACGAGGGCAGGAAAGAAGAAGACGAAGACGAUGACGACGACGACAACCACCGUCACCACAGAAGAAGAGCAGCGAAGUCCUCAGCCUCCAGAAGCUCUAGGCGGGAGGCCAAAGGAAUUUCAGAAGAGUCUGAUGAUGAUGAUGAUGAUGAUGAUGAUGAGGAGAAGAGCAAGUCUCGGCAUAGCCAUCGAACAGGUCACCGAUCACAGAAGCGGAAACGAGACAACUCCAGCCCAGAGAGUGAGGAAGAGGAGGAGGAUGAGGAUGAGGAAGAAGAGUCUGGCUCUGGCUCGGGCUCGGAGGUUAGCUUCUCCAGCUCCACGUCACAGAGACGGAGGCGGAGGGCGCGGCAAACGGGAAGCGACAGGAAGCAGCGGUCCAGCCGCAGAGCCUGCCAAUCAGAUGCGGACAGCGACUUUGACUACGAGUCCAACAGGAAGACGCACAGGACCACCCCGAAGGUCCGGACCAGGAAUCGCGGGAAGAGAACUGUGACCUACAACGAUAGUGAAUGAAUGCGGGAGAUGAGUCCAGGUAGCCAACCAGCUAGUCAGUCAGCCAGCCAGCCAUCCAACUCGCAGAUUGAGGAAGAAGGGGGACACAUACGGUCACUAAGACCCGGACCAUGAAUUGUGAGAAAAGAACCGUGACCUACAAUGAUGGUGAAAGAAGGAGGACAUGAUUUGAGCCAGCCAGCCCAGCCUUCAAACGGGCAAUGGUUGAAGAGUGAAAGAAGGGGACGAUAUGUAAUAAAUUAAAUUUAUACACUAACUGGAGACCUUGAAGACAACUUGAUUGUCCAGGGAAGACAAAUGAAAUGGUAGCAGCACUGGAGUUUAACACAGAGCAAAUACUGUGAAUCUGUUUUAAUUCAGGGAUAUUUAUAUUUUCUAUGAAAAAAAGAAACAUUUAUAGAACUGCUGGUUUUUUGUUUUUGUUUGGGCAAACCAGUGCCAUUCUGCUUCAGUGAUUUGUGAUGCAUUGUGUUUGUUUGGCCAGCGAAAGAGGGUGGACAAUAAAAGAAAACUCUCUUACACACACACAACACGCCACACGUCACGACACACACUUACACACACAUUCUGGGAGGGUGGGGUGGUGCUUUGGGUGCUAUCUUAAUAUAUACCUCCACUCUAAUAUAAGGCAUAUUGUUGCUGGCUUGCACUAUGAUGCACACUGUACCGAGAGGUUCCCUUCACUAGCUCUAGCCAACUAGACACUCAGGGGCUCAACGACGUUUACCAUAGUCUCAAACUUGCAAUUUUUUGUGUGUCCCAUAUUUUGUCAAAAAGAAGACGACGGAAAAUAAACAAUACUGAAGAGUGUAGAGUAGUGUUAAAUAGUUUCAAGAUAUGACUGAGGACAGUUUUUGCGGUUGAAGCACACACUCAGAAACAAAAUGUCACCCCUUUCCAAAACACUCCUUUUUGUAAAGAUGCCGAGCAUUACCACCACUACCACUGGCAAAUUGUGGUAUUGGAAGUUGUGUGAGCCAAUGUGUACAAAUUUUAAGUCCUUCUAUUCUCCCCCUUGCUCUUCUUGUGUUCUCUUUUUUUUCUAUUUUUAUUUUUUGUAUUGUGUAUAUUUAUAUGCCAUUUCGUUCCUCCUGCCCCAUGCUAGUUGGCAUUUGAUUGUCCGAUAAACUAUGUGCAACCUUUUUUUUCAGUAUGUAGCAGAAAGUAUGGCAUAUUUAAAAUUUUGUUCGUAAAGCAUUAUUUCUCCCUGUUUGUUGGACUUAAAAAUGCAUUGUCUUGCCAUAAUCAGAAUAAUUGGUACCCAUUUGCUGAGUACAUCAAAUCAAAACGUACUUAUUGCAAAAUGCUGUAAUUUCUCAUAUUGGGAAGAUCUAGUGCUUUGUGUUUAUGUACUUUCAGUAUUAAAUCCCUUGUCAGAUUUUGACUGGAUACAACCAUUAA